AUGUCUUCCGGCUUUGUAUCCGCAGGGACCAACGAAGAGCCUGUGACUCGCGAUGACGAAUGGCUCCGGGCACAGCAGGAAUUGGAGGAAGAGCGGAGACGGAAGGCGGAGAUAGGAAAACAGAACGAUGGGAAGAGUCUCUAUGAAGUGCUGCAGCAGAACAAGAUGGCCAAGCAAGAGGCCUUUGAAGAGUCGAUUCGACUGAAGAACCAAUUUCGAUCUCUGGAUGAGGAUGAGGUCGAGUUUCUAGAUUCGCUCCUCGAGUCGACGCGAGCCAAAGAGGCUGCGGUCAAGCAAGAGACCGCUGAGCAGCUGGAAGCAUUCCACCGUCAGCGCCAAGAAGCCGAUAAAGCCCUACUCGAAACAGCAUCUGGAGAGACAGCCAAUCCUGGGGCAGGAUCCCCGGGCGAAGAGGAGCAAUGGGCGAUCUCCGGACGGAAAAGGAGGCGUGAUAAGAAGAAGGAAUCAUUGAUCCCAGGGAAAAGACGCAAGUCAUCAGCGGCAGAAGAGGCGGAGGCUUCUGGCUCUACGGAGCGGAAAGCCAGCUCUGCGUCCGCCAAGGAAGAUACCGAGAAGAAUAAAGAGGGGUCAAAGUCAUCGAUAUCACCAUCGACGAACCAGUCACGGCCGGCAGCAGCCACUGUAACGGCACAAGGGCUCCCAGAAAAAGCUCAAACACCUUCGCAGCCCAGUCCUCCUGUGGCCAAAGCUGCUGCACCAUUAUCAGGGUUAAUAGCCUAUAGUUCCGACGAAGAUUCGUCAUAA